GCUCAGCCUACUUGAAGCUGAGGGGUAGUUUUUAUUUUCACAACGAUAUUGGCAGGGCAGCGUACAUAGCCACCUAAGGCAUAACUUAAAUAUUGAAUGGGUUGUGUCCCAACUCAACAGCAUUGAGCUAUAGGUACUCCGAGUCCUUCUAGCACAUCACUAUUUGAAUGAUAGAAUACACUUUGCCGAGGUAUUUACGAGCCAUAAUCACGACGAUUAAAUGCUACAAGCGCCUACAUAGCCCGAUAUAAUUAGAAUCACACCUGAGAAGUAGACCAGGUAUUCCUCUGCGUUGAGUAUGUUGGAUACUAAUAGCUAUACCAUUGGAUGGAUAUGUGCUGCCGGAAGAGAGCUUGUCGCAGCACAAGCAUUUCUUGAUGAAAAGUACGAUGCUCCGGAUGAUGUGCCUGUCAAUGACAACAACACCUAUACGUUGGGCCGAAUGGGAAAACAUAAGAUUGUUAUUGCGGCGAUGCCACAUCAGCAACAAGGACUCGUUAGUGCUGCGAUCGUUGCCAGAGACAUGGUACGCACUUUUCCUAGCGUCCGCCUCGGCCUGAUGGUAGGCAUUGGCGGGGGUGCACCAAGCUCGAAGCACGACAUUCGUCUGGGGGAUAUUGUUGUAAGCUCUCCUGGCAAUGGGAAUGGUGGUGUAUUUCAGUACGACUAUGGGAAAACAAUUCAAGGAGAAAAAUUCACGGUCACAGGUCAUCUGAACCAACCGCCGCUAUUUGUGCUGACGGCACUAGCUGUGCUCCAGGCUAAUUAUACGGCCAACGGCCAUACCAUCCAAAAGAGUAUUGAUAGUAUCAUCCAGGAGAAUCCUCAAUUACAAGAGGCAUACAAACGGCCGAGUCUAGCUACCGAUAGACUAUACAAAUCAAACUUUAAACACCAAAACGGAGAUGAGGCAACCUGCGAAAUGGUUUGUGGUGAUGACGAGUCAAACUUGGUGCCACGAAUCGAGCGAACGGAGGAUCAAGACAGUCCUGCAAUCCACUACGGUCUCAUCGCUUCCGCGAAUCAAUUGAUGAAAAACGCAUUGAUUCGGGACGAGCUCUCAAAAGAGAAGGAUGUGCUAUGCUUUGAGAUGGCAGCCGCAGGGCUCAUGAAUCACUUCCCCUGCGUGGUCAUUCGUGGUAUAUGUGACUACUCAGACACGCAUAAAUACUCGGCAUGGCAAGGUUACUCAGCUAUGGCAGCAGCCGCAUACGCGAAGGAUCUCCUGAGUAAAAUUGCACCUAAUAGAGUGGAAGCUGAGAGGAGACUAGGUGAAGUUUUGUCUGAUGGUUACCUAGUGGCCUUAUUUGAUGCUGCUGUGUGUUCCUAUAUGCAAAAAAUAAGUUAGCAACGGUUUUAUAGUUAAGGAAACAUUGGCGAGAGUUGAAUCCAAUGUUACAAACUUAGGUACGCAAGGACAAAAAUCCCAAUGGCGUUGAAAGAUGGAUUUUACCACCCGGGGUUUCAACCAAUUUCAAUCGUAUACGAGGGAGGGUGCUGCCAAGGUAGUGAUAAAUGGUUUCUCCACAGCCAAAGAUAUUCAGAAUUGAAAACCAGGGAGCGAUCGUCCUUUGGCUUUGUGGCAUUCUUGGGUGUGUCCUGGGCAUUACCGUCAUUGAAGACCUCAUGAAUGAUGAGACCUAUUCUCGGGGUCUCUUAUAUUGCUAUUUUGAUUUCAAUUAUACCGGCAAAAAGUCCUUUGAGAGUACACUGAAAUCACUAGUCUAUUAGCUAAUAGUAAUUGCUAUGGCACUACUUCCCAUGCAUGACAUGCCUACCUAUUAUCAUAAUCCCAAUGGCAACCCUAUUUUCAUCGCGAAUUAUGGAGGACUCAAGCAUCAAAUAUCGAUGCUUAUGGUUUCCAUAUCGACGAAAAAG